GUACCUCCCAUUAAACCCAAAGAAAAGAACACUUUCGUUAUAACUGAGUGUGAAUCCAUCAAAAUUACUCUUAAAGCGCCCGAAGUUUUUGCUUCAUUAUAUAUAUCGGCAAUACAAGUUGGGUUAACUCUGUGUGCUGUAACAGACCAUCAUCAUUUCUAGUGGAAGAUCCUGGUUCAAUGCCAGCUGCAAUCGACAUGGAUGAUUCGUUAGACAUCGAUGAAUCGUUGAUCCCGGUUAGGGAUCUCAAGCCUGCCAGUCAGAGCACCAUCUCUUUUGAUGGGAUGUUGUCAAACCCUCUACUUCUCCAGGAGGAUCUAAAGGAAGGGUGUGGAGGCCAGCUAUGGCCAGCGGGGAUGGUCCUGUCGAAGUACUUGCUACGCCAACAUCACUCUAGCUUUCUCGGUAAAACAAUAGUUGAACUUGGAGCCGGCGGCGGUCUUGUCGGCCUUGCGCUUGCACGCGGAUGUCACCCUGAGAUGCCACGUAUUUACAUUACGGAUCAAGCUCCCAUGUUGCCCCUUAUGAAAACGAACAUCAAGCUCAACAAUCUUUCUUCUACAGUCGAGGCUACAGUACUAAACUGGGGAGACUCCCUCCCAGACUGCAUUCCGAAGCAUCCCGCAAUUAUCCUCGCCGCUGACUGUGUUUACUUUGAGCCCGCCUUCCCGCUUCUAAUCUCGACCUUGAACGAUCUUCUUGGUCCAGAGUCCGUCUGUUACUUCUGCUUUAAGAGGCGUAGAAGAGCAGACCUUCGUUUCAUGAAACAUGCAAGGAAGAUGUUUGAUGUGGACGAGAUCCGAGAUGACCCUGAAGCGGAGACUUACCGGCGGGAGAACAUUUUCCUCUACCAGAUACGUCUGAAGUCGAGCAAGAGGGGUGUCUAGAUAGUCUAGCUAUAGAAUAAAACUACUAGGAAGUGAUGUAUGCGACCCUAUC